AUGAUUUCUAAUCGAACUCUAUUCAUUUUUCUUGCUUUAUGUUUGAUCAUGGGAAUGAUCGUUUCAUCAGCUCCAGUUGUUCAAGAUGAAUUAGUAAAAAAAAUAUUUGUUGAAGAAGUGAUUACAAAAGCGAAUGAUAACAAAGAGAAUAUUGAACUUUCGGAAAUAGUCACCAACAAGCUUUCAUUGGUCGAUCAUACUGUGAUAUCAAUUGAUGAAAAUGUUGAAAUACACGAUCAUCUUCUCUUUGAAAACGACGAUACAAUCUCGGAAAUUUCUAUAACUGAAAAUUCUCAAAUAUUUCAAAUGAAUUUUUCUGAUAAUCAUGUUACUAAUCAAUAUCAAUCUUAG